CGCGUUCUACGUAAAUCUCGGGAAAAUAAUAACAAUUCCACGUUCACACUACGCUUGUUUGUCAAUUUCAAGUUUAAUUGAAUUGAAACGAACGUGCACGCCACUUGAUUUCACGGCUGUCGUCAUCCUGUGAGUGACUGCAGGGUGCCAAGAGAGUUUGGGGGCGUGUAGCUGCCAUAACGAGGGUGGGGGCGUGUGUGUUUGUGCGUGUGCGUGGAAAAGCUGCAAGUGCCCACGCCGCCUUGACUUACACGCAAUUCCUCAGCGCCUCCUGUCGCGGAUCGCGGACGUCUGAGGUGCAACAAGUUUUUCGGCGGUGUACGUGAACGCCUCGCGACCGUCAACCCGCGCCGUGAUUCGGAUGGAGCGUGGAGCGUCCGCGGGGAACAUGGACGAGAAAGUGGCCCCUCGGCGUCGGGCCGCUAGCGUCAUACCGUCGCUGUGCUCCGUGGCGUCCAUCGCCUUCUGCGUGGUGCUCAGCAUCCACGCAGCAGACGUCAGGCGCCGGCUGGCUGGCUUGGAGCGCGGUGUGGACGCGUCGACGCGCGCACCGGCCGACGAUUUGGAUGCGCUGAUUGCGCAAAAAGUCAACGAGAUGCUCUCCCAGCGUUCUUAUGAGCAAUUUGUCAAGAUACGGAGCGCUCGGCAAGCAUCACCUGAAUGCAACUGUCCACCAGGACCUCCGGGAAAGCGAGGAAGGAGAGGCCGCAACGGAGAACCUGGACCUCCUGGCCCUCCUGGUCCGAAAGGUCAAAAGGGGGAUCAAGGCGACCAGGGACCACGGAUGGUCUUCCCUAAGAUCAAUCACGGCUUUCUUUCCGCUGACCAGCAGCUCAUAAAGCGACGUCUCAUUAAGGGAGACCAGGGGCAAGCAGGACCACCUGGGCCUCCGGGGCCCCCGGGUCCUCCGGGCCCACGGGGGCCACCAGGGGACACGGGCAAAGACGGCUCUGUGCCGGGAAGCUUUGGUGAUCAAGGGAAUCCAGGAGAAAUAGGACCUGUGGGACCUGAGGGGCCUCCAGGACUCAAGGGUUCACUGGGGCCUCCUGGUAUUCCAGGUGUUGAUGGACUGAAGGGGGAUCUUGGCAUCCCGGGACUGGACGGCAUCCCCGGAGCCAAGGGUGAAAUGGGAGAGCGAGGUGAAAAGGGCGAUAUGGGGGAAGAAGGACCAAAAGGGGAAAUCGGUGAGAAGGGGGAUGCAGGCUCCUCGGCGGCAGGCAUUAAGGGCGAACCCGGAGAGCCCGGAAGAAGCGGACACAAGGGAGAGCCAGGACUUCCAGGGCUGCCUGGACUGCCAGGAAUUAAGGGAGAGCCAGGAUUCCUCGGUCCCCAAGGAGAGCCAGGCCUCCCAGGCCUUCCAGGAACUAAGGGGGAAAGGGGUGAGCAUGGACCGCCCGGAAAAGGUGAAAGAGGCGACCUGGGACCUGUUGGACCAAAGGGUUCGCAAGGAGAGGCAGGCACACCUGGUCCCAAAGGGUCAAAGGGCGAAAGUGGAGACAAAGGAGACUUUGGGCCUUCAGGGCCAAAGGGCCCGCCUGGGCAAAAAGGAGACCAGGGGGCCACUGAAAUUAUUGACUACAAUGGGAACAUUCAGGAAGCGUUGAAGAAGAUUACCACUCUUACAGUGACGGGCCCGCCGGGUCCUCCUGGACCUGUAGGACCGCACGGUAUGAAGGGUGACCGUGGUAUGCCUGGCCUACCAGGACUUGACGGAGAACGCGGCUACAAGGGUUCCAAGGGAGACAUGGGAAUGCCUGGAGCAUCAGGCGACAAAGGAGCAACCGGUUUACCCGGCUUACCUGGCGUCAACGGGGUAAAGGGAGACAAGGGAGAUUCAGGUCUGCCGGGUCCUCAAGGCUCCUCAAUUAUUGGCCCUCCGGGGGCACCAGGACCUCACGGGCCCCCUGGACCCAUGGGACCCCACGGUUUCCCCGGACCAAAGGGUGAACCCGGUUUGCACGGUACAAAGGGGGCACGCGGAGAACCAGGCCACAAGGGAGACCGAGGACCAUUAGGUCUCCCUGGAGCCUCCGGCUUGGACGGCAAGCCCGGGAUUAGGGGCACAGACGGGCCUUCAGGUCCAGCUGGUCCUGCCGGCCCAAAGGGGGACAGAGGCGAGCGAGGGGCGGCGGGGGACCCGGGACCGAGGGGACCCUACGGAUUACCUGGAGCGGCAGGAACACCGGGCUUGGAUGGGUUGCCGGGUUUGAGAGGAGAGAAAGGCGACAGUGGGGAAAGAGGAGAGAAGGGUUUCCGGGGAUUUAAGGGUGAAAAGGGGGAACCAGGGCAGCCCGGUCUGGACGGGCUGGAUGCCCCGUGCCAAUUGGUACAGUAUUCCUCUCUUUCCUCCACCACUCGCCCUCAUGCAUGUCGCUCGCCUUCAGCCAUCAAGCACGUGCACAGCACACGCAUGUGCAGCCAUUUUCUCAUUUGUCAUAUGUGCACCAACACCCACUGCAUCCGACUAACUUCUUGACUGCACGCAGCCUUUUUCAAACGAUACAAGUCGAAUGGGACACACACACACAAAAAACAUAAGAUGGCAUCAAGACCCUUUAACGCACCCCUUUCACGCCCAAUUAAAAAAAAAAAAAAAAUCCCAAUCCUAUUUCCUUCCAGCUGAUCCCUCCAAUGCAGUUCCCCUUUAACACCACACUAACAGACUUCUCAACUGACAAGUGACCCCCCGUUCUCCUCCGCCUCUACCAUUUACUCGUUCCUUCCUGUUCUUGUACCAAUUGGGCCAGACCGUCACAAGAGGGGGACAAUCCAACGUUACACGAAGUUUCUUGUCACGUUUGACGUCAUGCGGCGCAAGUCAAAGCCCGCCGCUUUGAGCGCUAGCUCUCACGCGCGCACACUGAGCAUCUCGCUUCACUUUGCAGUAUUUCACCAAAACAAAGUGAGAGACUUGAACCAGUAUGUCAUGUUGCAUGCUAUUUAUUUCAUUUUGAUGUGUAUUAUUUGCCUGAAUGACAAUAUACUGUUUGUCGUUAUAUUAUGUAGUUAAGGGAAACUCACCCAAAAAAAAAAACGACAAUUGGGGAAAGCGACAUUUUUGUGAACAAAAUAAAACAAAACCAAAAAUUCCUUUUAAAAAAAUGAAAGCAAACUAUAAUCACAUCGGUCAACAAAUUUUUACUCCAUUUUUUUAGUCAGCGAUGCAUGUAAACAUGUAAACAUAAUUGAAAUGCAUGUGCAACAAAUGUGUGUAUACAUACACGACUCACAAAAUGUAAGGGAAAUUGAGCUUUUUUUUUUUUAAGUAAAUCAAACAUCUCUACAUGCCUGUCCAAAUAUAAAGAUGUGUCAAAUUAAAAAAAAACAAAAUGUGACCGAGAGAAAUCAUUCAUCUUACCCAUAAAUUGUACAACUCAACUGAAAAGAAAAAUAAAUUGACUGACCUUUCGACCUUGAAUUUGAUCAGGGGUGUGCAGACUUUUUAUAUCACCUGCUGUACGUAUAUACACAUUGUGCAUUAGUUGUGGCAUAAAAUCAGUCCAUCUGCGGCCAUUUUGAAUGAGUGUGAGUGUGUCGAACAAGUUUCCAAUGCCGGUUCAGUCUAAUUGUGCCUUUGUGGUGCUGGCAGGGUCCCGAUGGCUUACCGAUGCCUGGCUGCUGGCAGAAGUGAUCACUCUAACCUGAAACGCAUGGAGUUUGUAAAUAUUCUUUUUUUUUUGUAUUUAUAGUUUUUUUUUUUUAAAUGGGAUUAAAAAAAAAAAAGAAGCCUAUGUGUAUGAGGAUGCAAAACCAACACCAACAACAAAAGAAACCCUGGGAUGCAUCACGCCCCAAAAGCUGCUUCUACUCACAUCACAUCAGAGUGUGGAAAAAAAAAAAUCAUGUCUGCUCUCUCACAUCCACAUUGUUCGUGUGAGCGUGUUGGUUGGUUCAUUUGAAGCUUGUGGCGCAACUUUACAGCUUCCCACACUGGAGUGCCACAGGGCUCUUGCAUGGGUCCACUUGGACUCAGAGACAGGAAGAUUAUUGUUUUGUGUUGUCACUGCCCACCCACUCACGCAGCAUCAAAAAGACAAAACCUCGCCUAAGCAUGUUAUGUCUUGUGCGCACACUGUUUUGGCUUCUGCAGAGGAAAAACUAACAACAACAAGAGACAUUUUUUUUUCUUUUAAUUUCCACUUUUGCUGAAUCUUCCCAAGGGAGUCACGCCAUGGCUGGUCGCCUGAAAAGUCCCGAAAAUGAAAGAUGUUUGUUGCUUUAAUGCGCCCGCCCACCGUGCCUGCAAGAGGCGUUGAUGGCCCCCGCCCCGCCGGGUCCGGGGAGCCCGAACCUCCUUCGGCUGCACUGAUAACAAUCCAUAAAGGGUUUUAGUUUGGACGGGUGCCCCCUCUGAGCCGGGGACGGUCUCCGCGGAGACAGCUGAGGAUCUACUGAGUGUUGAUGGAAUGCAACCAUGUUUUUUUUGGUUUUAUUUUAUUUGGUUUCACUUUUGGUUAUCUUGCCAAAACGCAAGCAACCCGACAUGUUGCGUCGUCUAUUUCGUUGUCGGUCCAAAAGAGAGCAUUUUCACAUGUACAACUAUACCUUGACUUAGGAGCAAGGGUGUACCGAAAAAAUGAUUUGGAUCAGAAAAUCAGUUUUGAUCCAAAAGAUGUGAAUGAAUUCAACCGACUCCAACUGGUUCACUUCAUAAUGUACCAGAGACGAUAACAAAAAUGUGACGCGGCAGGAUGUCAGGCUGGAGGCGCUUUGGCAAUAUGACGCGACAAUUUGGUUUUGUUUUCUUAUUGUUAAUUGUUUUCUACGUGGUGUAAGAUAGCCUUUGGUGCCUGAAGCUUUUAUUCAUUCCUUGACCACAAACUUUAUAGCAUCUUUUCAUUUAUUGUGUUUAUUGGAGAGGAAUUGGUGUGGUAAAAUGUGUUGUAUUAUUUUCUUCUUAAUUGUUCGGCUUCAAUUGGGCGCUAACAAAAAACACACAAAUGCUACUUGGAGAUGUCAGUUCACUGCAUGUGCAUUCGUAUACGUGUUAUAUCGCAAGUCCUGAAUGGAACGCCCUCGAGGCCAUUUUUGGUGCGUUCUCUUUCUUUCUUCUUUCCAAAUAUGCGGAAGGAUAUUCACCAGUUUCUUUCCUGUCUAUGUAUGAUGUGAUUUCUUUGCAUAUACAAUGUAUUUGUAUUUGAUGACAUAAUUUAUUUUUCUAUGUUUUCUUGGAUUGCUUGGGUUUUCGAAAGCGGCAUUCCUGUGUGUCACUCGGGCGUCGCCGUGACGACACAUCUGCUUUUAUUUCGGUGACCUGAAUGUUGUUGGGCCCAGCCAAUGCGAUGCGUUUGUUUUGCUUUUCUAUUCUCCCUCGUUUGCAUUGAAUGUAGCAUACGCGUGCUGUGCGAUUCUCUCUCUCUCUCUCUCUCUCUCUCUCUCUCUCUCUCUCUCUCUCUCUCUCUCUCUCUCUCUCUAUAUAUAUAUAUAUGCGUGUGUAUGUGUUGUAUUCUGUAUCGUGGAUGAGUUAAUGUACUGAUGAGAUGUGUGCUCAUUUGACAAAAAGUGCAAUUUUAUGAUCUCUGUGUGUGUGUGUGUGUGUGUGUGUGUGUGUGUGUGUGUGUGUGUGUGUGUGUGUGUGUGUGUGUGUGUGGAAUGCAACAGCAACAUUACAUUUGACUGAUUUGUGUGUCCGUCCCAUUUCAAUUAUAGGCUACCCCUUUGCUGGGGUGGACAAUUAAUAGAAAACUCGACUUUACUGCCCCAUUCCUCCAGUGUGUUUCCACAAAAAUGUUCCUGUUUGAUUUAGUUGUUUGUUCUCACAUGGUGCUGUGUCUUUAGCAUGUGCAGAUCUUUUAAUUUUUUUUUUUUGGUCUAUUUUUUUUAAUCAUGUGCACAAGUGCCAAAGUAAUCCAAUCCAAUAUUUUUGCCAUUUGAAAAUGUACAAAAGACUAUGUGAAAUGCCACGUGUGGUUUUGGAACAAAGGACAAACAGUUGUGUGAGUUGAAAUAUAUUUGUAUUCUUUUUGAUUGUUGUUUGAAGUUUAUGUUCUGCAUUUGUACUAUUUUUGUUAGGUUUUGUUUUUUUUUUUACCCAUUUGAUUGACAUUUCUUUACAAAAAAAAACGGAUCCAUGUGGUAAAACUCAUGUGACUGUACUGUUGGAGCCAAAUAAACGCAGUCUUUCAAAUUCA